AUGCAGUCUGUCGGGGCGUCCAAGUUAUCGCUUUCUUCUAUUUCUUCUCAGAAGCUAUGGGAGCAGUCUGGUCGGCUAACCAAAGGCUCGGAAAUAUUCAAGUUCGAGGAUAGGGCGAAAGCGAAAUGGCUCCUGACUCCGACACACGAAGAGGAGAUUACCACGCUCCUCAAGAGUGAGAUCUUCAACGAGCAGCACCUGCCAAUUCGAUUGUACCAAAUUGGGCGCAAAUACAGAGAUGAGCAACGACCGAGAGGAGGUCUCCUUCGUGGGCGAGAGUUCCUAAUGAAAGACCUGUACACAUUUGACGCCACACCGGCUCAUGCCAAGGAGACGUAUCAGAUCAUCCGGCAGGCCUACAGCAAUCUAUUUGAAGAGCUAGGCGUCUCUUUCUUCGAAGUGCGCGCCCUCUCGGGCGAUAUGGGCGGAAACUUGAGCCACGAGUUCCACAUUCCCAGUAAGGUUGGUGAAGAUACAGUCAUCAUUUGCAAUGAAUGCGACCACUCGCGGAACGAAGAAUUUGUUUCGGUCACAAAUCGGACGAUUAAGGAAGUCCAUUCUUCAGACGAAGCUCUCAAAACGCCUCCAGCUAUUUCUGUCGAUGUACGAGAUUACGUCAAUGCUAAUGGCAGCACACUGGCACGCGUAAUUCUCCCAAUGGACCCACAUACAACCCAUCCCUACGCGUCCACGGAGCUCAAUACCUUUGCAGUAAAGGAAGCCAUGGAGGAUUUCGGCGACAUUCAUACCGGUAUCGAAGAGCACAAAGCGGUCCAAAUGUUCGAACAGCAUGUCAGGACAAAAGCAACAGAUGAAAAUGCAGCUCAACUGGUCUACGUGGUUGAUAAGCGAGUGACUGAGGAGCAGAUUCGCCACAGAACUCAGCAAGAUAUGAAGGAGUUUGGAGGUUCGCAGACGCGCCGUUUUGUUGUGCAGAGCGACGGAGAAGGUCCUGUCUCUAUUGAUCUCAUCAGUGCAAGGACUGGAGAUGCAUGCCCCGAGUGUAAAACUGGAACGCUCCAUGUUCACAAAGCCAUUGAGAUUGGACAUACAUUUCACCUCGGCACCCGCUAUUCAGCCAAGCUGGGCUUGAACCUAUUACCCAAGCACAAAGGCGGCGAGCGAGUGCCUGUCGAGAUGGGAUGUCAUGGUAUCGGCGUCACUCGCCUCUUAGCAGCUGCUGUGGCCAGCAAAGUGGAAGAAGAUGCCGGGGACUCGGAUGAUAUCCUAUGGCCACGGACCAUUGCACCUUACGAUGUUGUUAUCUGCACUGUUUCCAAGAAGCCUGAAUCCUUGGAAGCCGCGCAUCAACUGUACGAUAGGCUUGUCGCACCAUCAGUUGUACAAAGCCAACCACAUCUGCCGUCGGCACCACUGGAUGUCGUGCUUGAUGAUCGCCAAGAUCAGAACUACAGAAGGAAGCUGAGAGAAGCGACAUUCAUCGGAUACCCAAUCAUCGUGGCGCUCGGAAAGUCGUUGGAAAAGGGCGCUGCGGAGAUCAUUUGCCCUUCAUUUGGGCAUCGUCAAGAUGUGCCGCUCGAGGGGGUGCCUGCCGCCGUGACGGGCCUUGUACAAGAUUUGGAUAGGGGAAGGGGAAAGAUGUAA